AUGCCGGCGCUACCCAAGUCUCUCAGAAUCCGGCGGGCACCGACUGAGAACAUGGCAUCUGCUGUGCGAGGCCCUGGACGCUUCUGCAGGGCGGGGGAGAGCUCGUCGGGCAGCGGCCUGUGGGGGGCCCCGCGCGCCCCGCGCUCGCCGGAGCGGCCGCAGAGGAAGCCCGCGGGGAGGGGGCUUCGUCCGCCUGAGAAGGCGCGAGCGAGAGACUCAUCCAGUGACGACUCUUUCGAGCCGAGACCGUUGACAUUAAAAGCAAUUUUUGAAAGAUUUAAAAAUAGGAAAAAACGUAGAAAGAGGAAAUACAAGCCCACAGGAAGACCGGGGAGGCCCAAAGGCAGCAGGAGCAGAGGCUCGCGGAUCAAGAGGCAGCAGAUCAAAGACAAAGGCUCCGGGUUCCCGUUCCUGGAGUCAGAGAAUGGAAGGAAGCCGCUGCCCUGGAGAAUCUUAACCUUUGAGCAAGCUGUGGCAAGAGGAUUUUUCAACUACCUUGAAAAACUAAAGUAUGAACACCACCUCAAGGAAUCCUUGAAGCAAAUGAACGUUGAUGAAGAUUUAGAAAAAGAUGAUCUUGAUAGUCGAAGAUACAAAUAUUUGGACGACGACGGGCCUAUUUCUCCUAUUGAGUCAGCAGCAGAAGAUGAAGAUGAAACAACUGUUGAAGAUGAUGAUGAAUGUGACAUUGAAUUGGUGGAGGAGGAUUAUUUCAUAAUAAGCUCUGCAUUGCCAAAGAAGAUGGAGGUAUAUGUAGAAGAACAAGAGGAGUGCGCUGAGGCAGCAGCUGUGUCUAACACGGAAACGCAGACAGAGAGCAGUGAUCAGUAGAGAAGGCAGCUCUCCACGCAGGAAGGAAACAUGAUGCGGGUUUAGAUCUUGAGAAGUAUCUGGACUAACCUAAAGAUGUCUUCUGGUAUUAGCCAUCCUGGGGAGCGCUGCUGCCGCAGGCUGUGCCAGUCGGGAGUGACUUGGGUUCCUCAUGAGUGCUUUGAGGACUUCUGAAGCUGAGAGGCAGGCAGAUGCCUCUGCUGACCUGAAAGAGACCGUAACUCCCACUGCUUGAGGGGAUUGGAUCCCAGGGACUGGAGAUUGAGCAAUGCUUAUUGCAGCGAACUGCCUGGGUCUCGCGCUGCGUCUGAACCGGGCUGUCUUCUGCGCGGUGGCUAUCUGGAGGGCCCUCAGGGGCCUGGUCUCUUCAGCAGGACAGCGGGAGCCCAACAAAAGCAACUGUCAAG